GGCGGCACGAUGCGGGAGGGGAGCGCGGAGAACAGGACGGGCGGCGAGUUCCCGCUGCACCUCUUCCCCGCGCCCGUGCUCACCGGCAUCACCGUCGCCUGCGUCCUUCUCUUCGUCGUCGGGGUCCUCGGCAACCUGAUGACCAUGCUGGUGGUGUCGCGGUUCCGGGACAUGAGGACCACCACCAACUUCUACCUGUCCAGCAUGGCCUUUUCCGACCUGCUCAUCUUCCUCUGCAUGCCCCUGGACCUCUUCCGCCUGUGGCAGUACCGGCCCUGGAACUUCGGGGAUCUCCUGUGCAAGCUCUUCCAGUUCAUCAGCGAGAGCUGCACCUACUCCACCAUCCUCAACAUCACCGCGCUCAGCGUGGAGCGGUACGUCGCCAUCUGCUUCCCUCUGCGAGCAAAGGUGAUCAUCACCAAGAGGAAGGUCAAGCUGGUCAUCCUCAUCCUCUGGGCCAUCUCCUUCAUUAGCGCUGGACCCAUCUUCGUCCUGGUGGGUGUUGAGCAUGAGAACGGCACCAACCCGCUGAGCACCAAUGAGUGCCGCGCCACGGAGUACGCCAUCCGCUCGGGGCUGCUCACCAUCAUGGUGUGGAUCUCCAGCAUCUUCUUUUUCCUGCCUGUCUUCUGCCUCACGGUGCUGUACAGCCUCAUCGGGAGGAAGCUCUGGAGGAGGAAGAGGAAGAACAUCGGUCCGAGCACUGUCAUCAGGGACAAGAACAACAAGCAGACUGUGAAGAUGCUAGUUGUGGUGGUAUUUGCUUUCAUACUCUGCUGGUUGCCUUUUCACGUAGGACGGUAUUUAUUUUCCAAAUCCUUCGAAGCCGGGUCCUUGGAGAUAGCAGUGAUCAGCCAGUACUGCAACUUGGUGUCCUUCGUCCUCUUCUACCUGAGCGCAGCCAUCAACCCCAUCCUCUACAACAUCAUGUCUAAGAAGUACCGCGUUGCCGCGUGCCGGCUCUUCGGAUUCAAAGCCCUGCCAAAGAAAAGACUCUCCAGCACCAAGCAGGACAGCUCACGUGCAUGGACAGAACCCACCGUCGCCACAUGACACGGGGUCCAGUGCCAGAGCAUCACACACCAGUGUUACCAGAGAGCCAUCACGGAGGGGACGUGGGGCAAGACACAGAUCGACAAGGAA